UAUUAGUUAUUGGCACUUGACAGGCAGGAGCAGAAUCCAUCAGGAGAAGGAUCAUAAUCCUGCAGGAUGGCUGACGAGGUUGAGCUAGCUCAAAAUGCACAAGCUGGAGAUGAUACAAUAUUUGGAAAAAUUUUAAGAAAAGAGAUCCCAUGUAAUUUUAUCUAUGAGGAUAAUUUGUGCGUUGCUUUUGAUGAUAUCAGUCCACAAGCUCCAGUCCAUUAUUUGGUAAUUCCAAGAAAACCUAUUACCCAAUUGUCCAAAUCGGAAGAUUCAGACGCUGAACUCCUAGGUCAUUUACUGAUAGUAGCUAAAAAAAUCGCCCAAAAAAGAAAUCUGAAGAAUGGUUUUCGUAUUGUUAUCAAUGAUGGACCUAUAGGAGCCCAAUCUGUUUAUCAUCUUCAUAUACAUGUUUUGUCUGGAAGACAAAUGCAAUGGCCACCAGGUUAAGAGUAAUGAGUAAUCUAUUAGUUUAAAAUAUUAGAAUUCUUGAAUAGUUAUUUUGAUUGUAACAAAGUUUUUCAAUAAAUACUUGGGAAUUCAAGAAAGA